CUUUAUGCUCUGAAAGGUUCUUUCACUUUAUGAUGUUUGUUAGAUUUUAUGCUUCACAUAUUAGAUUUCCUUUUGGUUCCAUAAAGCUGCACAUUUUACUUUUUCUUGUUUACUCCUUUCCAUGAAAUCACCACUUUUCAAUUUUGGUCAAACUCCUUUUCAUCUUCUCUUUUACACUUCUAUGUAUUUUACCUUCUCAAAUUUCAGUCCUUUAUUCUGUUUCUCUGACACACAAGUUUAGUAUCCUAAGUUUUUACAUUUGAUUUGGCUGUCUAAAUUGGGAAAUGGGUGGUUCUAUUUCUGGUUUUCAAUGUGAAAUAAUGAAGUGUUCUUUUGAAGUUAGCAGUCCUCAGCCAUUGAUUGGAGCUGACACUUCCUUUUCAUCUACUUUUGGAUCUUCUGCAACACCUCCUCUAUGUGAAUUAUCCACCUCUUUGGAGAAUGAGGGAGUGCAAACCAUAUCCCAUCUUCUUCACGAUCCUUCUAGUUUGAGCUUUGAUAUGUUUGGAAGUGGGAACUUCUCAGAAAUGGUGGGUUCUUUUGGCUUUCUAACUGAAGGUGACCACAGCCAGAUCCCUAAGAUUAAGUGUCCACUUAGUUAUGUGUCAAAUCUGGAUGAAGGACAAACGAUCUCACCAAAGAACGAUGCGAAGGCUCGGCUCGAUUGCGUUAAUGAGAAUCGAAGAAAAUUGGUUCUUGGUUCCAAUUCUUCCAGCCCAAAUAAGAAUGUUGAAGAUUACUUUAAUGUGGAGCCAACUAAUAUCCUUAAUAAAAAUGACAAAACUCUGAAAGUUGAGCAUAGAAUGAGUGCAAAUUUUAACACCAAAUCAGAUAGUAAACAAGCCAAAGGAGGCUCUCAAUGUGUACAAGCUCCCAAGGAGAAUUAUAUUCGUGUUCAAGUACGACGAGUCCGAGCUACUAACCAUAGCCUCGCAGAAAGGGUCAGGAGGGAAAAGAUCAAUGAACGAAUGAAGUUGUUGCAAGAGCUUGUUCCUGGAUGCAAUCAGAUUACCGGGAAAACUGUGGUGCUCGACACAAUUAUUAACUAUGUACAAUCACUGCAACAACAGGUUGAGUUUCUAUCGAUGAAACUCGCAAAUGUCGGUCCAGAAUCAAACUUGGAUACAGAGAAGAUUCUGCUCACAAAUAACUCAUACAUUUCAUCGCCGAAUAUUCUUCGUACACAAGAUGAAGGCAUAGACAACGUUCUUGCAAUCGAUCCUAGAUUAACAACAUCUCACACAACUCCUCAUGUCAUGUUUCAUCUUCAUGGAACAAUGCCAACCAUUCCAAAAACUACAUCUCAGCAACUUUCAAGCCUUUUCAAGAUGAGACGAUAAGCAGUUCUUCAAAUUUCAAGUAGAUGAUCACAAUUAUGCCGGUCCAAAAAUCAGACAUGGAUGUGCACAAUUAUAUGUUAGUAUUUAUCCUUUGUUGGUCACUACAAGGGCAGCAAAUUUAUUAAGACAGCAAUGUAAAGUGGUACUCAUUUGUUUGAAUUCAAAUGUUGUUCUUAAUCCUACACAUACUUUUCAAUCAAUCUUACUUUAUCUUCUGAA